GUCAAUGGUACGGCACACUCUCUGUGAGGAAGAGUGCGUGAAUAUGGUGCAUUCUUAGAAUUAGAAUGAUCGUUUUAGGAUAGAUUGUGUAGUGGACUUCCACUUGUGUUUCGUUGAUGUGCAUUUGUUUGUGUUUUGUGGCGGACAUUAGAAAUUUUCUCCAUCUUAAAUGACGUUGACCGGGUCUUGAGUGAGUAAUGGCGUUAGCCGUUCAUAAUUCUAACCACGGAAUAUGGAAUUGAAAUGACAUUUCAAGAGAACUUAUCAACCUGAAGAAAUUUUGUAAUUAAUGUACUUCUUAUUAGUGCAAUCCCUGUGCACCUACGACUUACUGCCUAGUGUUUGAAACAUAAACUUUCUUGGAAUUUGUGAAAUAACUGUGAUAAUACAAGAUGUGAUAUACCUAAACGUUAUUUUAUGAAACACAAUUUUCUUUUAAGGCUCCUAUGCUUUGUUCUACUUGGAUUAAUAAACAUUUAUAGCAUAUUUCCCAAGCAUUGAAAAAGUUAGUUUUGUGACGUUUUAUUUGGAAAAAUGAAAUGCAAACGGUACGCAUUUUGUAGUCAGCUUAUGUAACAUUUUAUGACGAUUUUUUUGGAUUAUGGAAAAGCACAAUCACAUAAUGCGUCAGCAGUUUAUGGGAAGAUGGAUAAAUAAUAAUAGCACCAUGGACAAAGUGGACCAGAAACAGAAAAAUUCAAAGCGUCAUGGUGCGAAUGAAUCACAUAGUACCCGCCACAGCGUCAACUCCAGUUCCGGGGUGCUUAUGGUGGGUCCGAACUUCCGAGUAGGUAAAAAAAUUGGCUGUGGUAACUUUGGCGAACUGCGUUUAGGGAAAAAUUUGUACAAUAACGAACAUGUCGCCAUCAAAAUGGAACCAAUGAAGUCGAAAGCGCCCCAGCUUCAUUUGGAAUAUAGAUUUUAUAAGUUGCUCGGAAGCCAUGAGGGUAUCCCAGAUGUUUACUAUUUCGGACCAUGUGGGAAGUAUAAUGCGUUAGUCAUGGAACUUUUAGGGCCAAGCCUGGAAGAUCUUUUUGACAUGUGUGAACGAAAAUUUUCACUGAAGACUGUCCUUAUGAUUGCAAUUCAGUUGUUGCACCGAAUUGAAUACGUCCACUCGAGACAUCUUAUCUAUAGGGAUGUGAAACCGGAGAAUUUCUUAAUUGGUCGUAGCAGUACAAAAAGGGAAAAAAUUAUUCAUAUUAUAGAUUUUGGAUUAGCAAAAGAAUAUAUUGAGCUUGAAACGAAUAAGCAUAUUCCUUAUAGAGAACACAAGUCCCUCACCGGUACCGCAAGGUACAUGUCCAUUAAUACACAUUUAGGCAAGGAGCAAUCACGACGGGACGAUCUCGAAGCCCUAGGUCACAUGUUCAUGUACUUCUUGAGGGGUUCGUUGCCUUGGCAAGGUUUGAAGGCUGACACAUUGAAGGAACGCUACCAGAAAAUCGGGGAUACCAAACGUGCUACACCGAUUGACGUUCUAUGUGAAGGUCAUCCUGAAGAAAUGGCCACGUACUUGAGAUAUGUUAGAAGAUUAGACUUUUUCGAGACUCCCGAUUACGAGUAUCUAAGGAAUCUUUUUAUCGGACUGUUCAAUAAGAAAGGCUACACCGAUGACGGCGAAUACGAUUGGUCAGGAAAGACGAUGAGCACGCCCGUAGGAUCCCUGCCAACGACGGCCCACGAGGUGGUAAUUUCACCGAAUCGUGAGAGACAUGCUUUAGCUAAGACAAACAAAACAAACGCGUGGCCUGAAGCGUCAAAGCAAAGUACUUUGGGCAACUUAACUCCCGCUGACCGUCACGGUUCUGUGCAGGUGGUGAGCUCAACCAACGGCGAGCUUAACGCUGACGACCCUACUGCCGGACACAGCAACACGCCCAUUACCCAACCUCAGGAACUUGAACUCGUCGAUGAGACUAAGUGCUGCUGCUUCUUCAAAAGAAAGAAGAAGAAAGGUGUUCGUACCAAAUGACUACAAUACAGUGAGACAGACCAACACCUCACGCUGUUGCCGUGCGGCCACAGUAGUGCAGCGACUUUAAAUUGACUUUAGUUGUGAGAAGACCAAUGUCAACCUGUUACUUGAACUAUUUAAAUAGCUAAUUUAUAGGUUAGCCUUAAUUAAACUUAAGAUACAAGUAAGUCGUACCAUAUCUGUGAAUGUUUACAGAAGCCUUACUCGUCGGUUCUGUACUUUCCUUAUUAUUUUUUUUUUUUGUUAACGUACGUAUCAUUUUAUCACUCAUUAUUUAUUAUAAUUACCAAAUACAAUGUUUUAUAUAAUUAUAAUAUUUUUGACUUUAGUUUAGUGUGUGUUCUAGUAAACAUGUUUUAACAAUUAUUUAUAAUUUUACUCAUAAAUGAAAAUCCGCUGUUGAUUUUUUGCGAGUAAGGCCGAGUUUUAAGUAUGUUUGAUAACGGUAAAAGUGAAUUCAUACUGAACAAUGUAAAUUUAUUAUCGAACUGUAUAUAAACAAUUUUCACAGAGUUGACCAAUUUGUAACGAGUCAUUUUUUCAAUUCGUUCAUUUUUUAAACAUUUUAAAGUCGAUCAGUAUUAUAAUGUAGUUUUACUACAUUUAGUUUAUAUGUUUUUUUUUAGUAUCCAGUCUCUUAAAAUAUAUAGUGUAUAUUAUAUAUACUUGUGUACGGAGGGGAAGUGAAAUGUUGGAAAUGUGGAAUGGGAACCAAUUUUUCUGAAAAUUAAAGCCAUGUCGAGUCGCGUAGUAGAAAAUGCAUCCUACUGUCGUACUUGUAUAUAAAAAAAAAUCAUCUCUGACUGGAUGUUGACUACUUGUCUAUUUAACUUUUCCAAUUUUUUUCUAAUACCCUGUAUAUUAUACAGUGUUCCAAAAUGAGAUAGAAAAAAGUUAGGUCUGCAAAUUUGUAUAAACAUACAAUAUACCAUUUUUUGAGAUAAGCUGCCCAAAGUCACUGACGCAAUAUCCAAGUAAGAUAUUUUAUGAUUAAUAUUUAUGGAAAAUACAAACUGGUCGCCUAAAAAGAUUCGACAUUCGUUGAAAAUUAUUUUAUUUCCAAAAUAUCUGAUCUUAAGAAAUGGUUUGGUUUGAGGGCUAUAUUUUUUAUACCUUGUUCUGAAAUAUGGCGUAUGUUCCACGUUUCUGAAAGUGACUGCAGCUAAGAGGUCUACUCUGUCCAUAUUUGUAUUAUUUAUUGGCUCCAGGCAUCAAAGAUAAGAAAAAAUCGUAGCUCUAAAAGCUUUCUUUUGUAUAUAUAUAUAUCAUACUAAAUAUAUUCAUCAUAUUGAAUAGCAAGGGGUGAAUUUUUGUUUUUCAGCUCAUUAGUUUGUUGCCCUUUUUCUGUUCAGUAUGAUAUACUGGAAGAACCGUUGUGAUUAAGCAUUAUUGUAAAAAUUUGCUUUAUUGUUGAUCUCAAGUAAAAUUUGAUCGACUGCUUUUUCUCUCCUUUGACCUGUGUGUGCAGAUUCCAAGUCUUAGUGCAAUAUAAAACUUGCGAUUCUGCGAUAUGCCAACAUAUAUUUUCUUUUGUGGCUAUUAUUAAAUAUAGAAUGUUAGAACACACUGUAUUCUUAUUUCUAUGCCCUUUGUGCAACUCGGAUAUAGAAAACUCGGCAAACUCCAAACUUCAACUUAGUUCUUGUAUGUUGUUAUGUAUAUAAUAAGCAUUUGAAAAUUAUUCCCGCAAUAUAAUAAUCUUCCAUA